CCUUGUGUCUCAGUUUUCUCAGCACAAAACAACAGAGAAACUAAAUCAAAGGUUUUUAUUCUCUAACAAAAAACAAAUGGGGACCUCAGUCGAAAACCGCCAGUUUCUUCACGAACCCGGUCUAUCGGCCACAGCUGUGAUUCGUUCCUACAGUCCGAACCACAAGCGUGCCGCUAGGCGAGAAGUUACGACACGUAAGAAGGUUGUCUUCGAUACAUACGAUCGCGAUUCUAGCGAAGAUGAGGAAGAGGAGUUUGACUACAGUGACGCCAUUAAAAAGUCCAACUCCGAGUUGGAAAGCUCGGUUUUUGACACACGAGAUGCGGGUACGGCGGAUCAAUGGAUCCAUCGUAACCCGUCGAUGGUUCGGCUCACGGGAAAGCACCCGUUUAACUCCGAACCACCUUUGACUAAGCUCAUGCAGCAUGGGUUUAUAACCCCUGCCGCACUCCACUAUGUCCGUAACCAUGGUUCUGUUCCCAAUGCCACCUGGGAAAACUGGACUGUGGAAAUCUGCGGCCUGGUGAAACGUCCAACACGUUUCACCAUGUCGCAACUCGUCACAGAGUUUCCCAGUAGGGAGUUCCCGGUGACAUUGGUUUGCGCCGGGAACAGGCGGAAGGAACAGAACCUGACAAAACAGACCAUAGGGUUUAAUUGGGGUGCCGGAGGGGUAUCCACCUCAGUUUGGAAAGGAGUUCCAUUGGUCCACAUAUUGAAAAGAUGUGGGAUUUAUAGCCGAAAGAAAGGCGCGAUGAAGGUGUGCUUUGAGGGGGCCGAGGAUCUCCCUGGAGGCGGUGGUUCGAAAUAUGGGACUAGCAUAACCGUCGAGGUGGCAAUGGAUCCCGCGAGGGAUAUUAUAUUGGCGUACAUGCAAAACGGGGAAAAGUUGUUGCCGGAUCAUGGGUUUCCGGUGAGGAUGAUCAUUCCGGGAUUCAUCGGUGGUAGGAUGGUUAAGUGGGUGAAGCGUAUUAUAGUAACGACGUCCGAGUCAGAGAGUUAUUACCACUACAAAGAUAACCGUGUGCUUCCAUCGCACGUCGAUGCAGAGCUAGCCAACUCUGAAGGUUGGUGGUAUAAGCCAGAGUACAUGAUCAACGAACUGAAUAUAAAUUCUGUAAUUACAACACCCUGCCAUCAGGAGAUAUUGCCCAUUAAUUCAUGGACAACUCAGAGGCCUUACACCUUGAGGGGUUAUGCUUAUUCAGGGGGUGGAAAGAAAGUGACACGUGUGGAAGUAACAAUGGACGGAGGAGACACGUGGAGCGUAUGUAACUUGGACCAUAAGGAGAAACCAAACAAGUAUGGCAAAUACUGGUGCUGGUGCUUUUGGUCAUUGGAGGUUGAGGUUCUGGACCUUCUUGGUGCCAAAGAGAUUGCGGUUCGAGCCUGGGAUGAGACCCUCAACACCCAACCCGAGAAGCUCAUUUGGAAUCUCAUGGGUAUGAUGAACAAUUGUUGGUUCCGAGUGAAAACCAACAUGUGCAAACCGCACAAAGGUGAGAUCGGGAUCGUGUUCGAGCACCCGACUCAACCAGGAAACCAGUCCGGCGGAUGGAUGGCUCGCGAGAAGCACCUCGAGAUAUCAUCCGAGGCAAACCCAAGCCUCAAGAAGAGUGUUUCAUCUCCUUUCAUGAACACAACUUCUCUAACCUACUCAAUGUCCGAAGUCAAGAAACACAACUCAGCCGACUCCGCCUGGAUUGUGGUCCAUGAUCACAUCUACGACUGCACCACCUUCCUCAAAGACCACCCCGGCGGUACCGACAGCAUUCUCAUCAAUGCCGGAACAGACUGCACCGAAGAGUUCGACGCAAUCCAUUCCGACAAGGCGAAAAAGCUCUUGGAAGAGUACCGAAUCGGUGAACUAAUAAACGUGGGCUACAGUUCGGACUCCCCUACAUCAUCACCAAACAACUCGGUCCAUGAUGCCACUAACUACACCACCUCACACUUGGCCACCAUCAAAGAAGUUGCCCCCACAAGAACCAUAGCCCUAAUUCCACGUGAAAAAGUCCCAUGUAAGCUCAUCUCCAAAACAUCAGUCUCACACGAUGUGAGACUAUUCCGGUUCGCCCUACCCACACCGGAUCAAGUCCUCGGGUUACCAGUAGGUAAGCACAUCUUUCUUUCAGCAUGCAUUGAUGACAAGCUAUGCAUGAGAGCAUACACACCAACUAGCACAAUAGAUGAAGUUGGAUACUUUGAAUUGCUAGUGAAAAUCUACUUCAAAGGGAUCGAACCGAGGUUUCCCAACGGCGGGCUCAUGUCACAGUAUCUCGAGUCGUUGCCGCUUGGUUCUUCACUCAACAUCAAGGGUCCGUUAGGUCACAUUGAGUACAUGGGUAGAGGGACAUUUUCGGUGCAUGGUAAACAAAAGUUUGCUAAGAAACUAGCCAUGUUUGCGGGUGGGACGGGGAUUACGCCGAUAUAUCAAGUGAUGCAGGCGAUUUUGAAGGAUCUAGAAGAUGACACAAUGAUGUAUGUUGUGUAUGCGAAUCGUACGGAAGAUGAUAUAUUGUUGAGGGAUGAACUUGAUGCAUGGGCUCAGAAGUAUGAAGAUAGAGUGAAGGUUUGGUAUGUUGUGGGAAAAUGUAUUAGAGAAGGGUGGAAAUACAGUGAAGGGUACAUCAAUGAGGAUAUCAUGAAGGCACAUGUUCCAGAGGCUGCUGAAGAUACAUUGGCUUUGGCUUGUGGACCACCACCCAUGAUUCAGUUUGCCAUAAACCCUAAUUUGGAGAAAAUGGGUUAUGAUAUCAAAGACUCUUUGCUGGUGUUUUAGAGUGUUUCAUUGUAAUGCAUGGAAGUACAGUGGAGCAAUGAUAAGGUUGUUGUGAAAAGAAAGAACCUCUUCAAUGACUUAAUCAUUGGGGUUAAAAUUAUAUUUUUAAAAUAAAGUCAUAUGUGUACAUACUAGCGACUAUCUGCUCAACAAAGAGCUUAUUAACAGAAAUUAUAAUAAUUUAAGCUUGUUUUCAGUUGAA